GCAGCCCUGCCUCGCCUCCAAGGAAACACCUGCGGACAUAAAUAGGCAGCCAGAGAAGGCAGCAGCACAGAGUCGCCGAGCAGUGCUGUGUGCAGUGCCGACCUGCGUGCACCAGGAUGCCUGACACCACAUUGCCUGCCUGCUUCCUCAGCCUGCUGGCCUUCUCCUCUGCUUGCUACUUCCAGAAUUGCCCAAGGGGUGGCAAGAGGGCCAUGCCUGAUGUGGAGCUGAGACAGUGCCUCCCCUGCGGCCACGAGGACAAUGGGCGCUGCUUCGGGCCCAGCAUCUGCUGCUUGGACGACGUGGGCUGCUUCAUGGGUACCACCGAGGCGCUGCGCUGCCAGGAGGAGAACUACCUGUCGUCAUCCUGCCAGUCCGGCCAUAAGCCCUGCGGGAAUGAGGGUCGCUGUUCCUCCGCGGGCUUCUGCUGCGACCACCAGAGCUGCAUGGUGGCUCCCGAGUGCCGCGAGGGCUCUCACCGGCGCGCCCGCGCCAGCGACCGGAGCAACGCCACACAGCUGGACGGGCCCGCCGGGGCCUUGCUGCAGCGGCUGGUGCAACUGGCGCGAGCUCCCGAGCCCGCCGAGUUGGCGCUGCCUGGCGGCUACUGAGCUGCUCCCCACUCCCCGCGUGCCCACCGCGCCCCGCCCCUGCAGUCCGGAAAAUAAACCUCUG